CCGCGUCUCGCUUUCCCCCACAGCCUCGGACAAGGUCAAGCAACCGCGUCUUUUCGUGACUUCCGCGUCUGCAACCGCGACAGCAAUUAAGCAGCGACCAUCGACGACGACGACUGCUUGAGGGGAUAGUUUUGGCGUCGUUCCAUUCAAUUGUUUUCUUGUCGCCGACCAUUUCAUUUUGCGCAGCCUAGUCGGCUUCUCUCAGCCUCCAGGUUCCAGUCGGUUGCCGCCGUCCUGUUGGAAAAAAACUGGCCCAUUGGACAGCCGAGAAACGGACGACUUUCUUAAACUCCCAAAAACCCCCAACGCCAGUCUCACAGCCUUUCUUGAACAAAGCCUUUCUGCUCGCAAAAUCUCGAACAGCUCUGCAAGAUGGCCAAGGGCGCUGCCCCGGCCGGGGUAUACAGCGCGACAUAUAGUGGUGUACCCGUCUACGAGUUUCAGUUUGGGACCGAUCUCAAGGAACAUGUUAUGCGCCGGCGUGCCGACAACUGGGUGAAUGCGACACACAUCCUGAAGGCUGCCGGUUUUGACAAGCCUGCCCGAACGAGAAUUCUGGAGCGUGAAGUUCAAAAGGAGGAGCAUGAAAAAGUCCAGGGUGGCUACGGAAAAUACCAAGGCACAUGGAUUCCUCUCGAACAAGGCGAGGCGCUUGCCCAGCGAAACAACAUCUACGAACGCUUACGGCCCAUCUUUGAGUAUGAGCCUGGGAGUGAGAGCCCUCCUCCCGCACCAAGACAUGCGAGCAAGCCAAAGGCCCCAAAGGCCAAGCCUGCCGUUCCAAAAUGGGGCAGCAAGUCUCAAAACAGGAAGAGUAGUCUGUCGCAGCCCGCUGUGUUCUCACACAGUCACGUCCAACAAGGUGUUCCCAUCCAAGAAGAAUACGAGAGUGUUGCUUCUCAGAUGCACGAAGACGACACCCCCGACAACAUGACUGUUGCCUCGGCCUCGUACAUGGCUGAGGACGAUCGAGCAUACGACAUGUCGCACUUCUCCACCGGCCACAGGAAGCGCAAGAGAGAGGAGGAGAUGCGGGACAUGACGGCGCAACAACAUGCCAUGUACGGGGAUGAGCUGCUUGACUACUUUUUGCUGUCUACAAACCAACAGGCUGCCAUUCGUCCUGAUCCCCCAACCAACUUUCAGCCGGACUGGCCCAUCGACACUGACAGGCAUACGUCGCUCCAUUGGGCUUCGGCCAUGGGCGAUACCGAUGUCAUCAAACAGCUAAAGCGGUUUGAUGCCAAUCUCAUGGCUCAGAAUAUCAGGGGGGAGACGCCAUUAAUGUGGGCGGUGAACUUUACGAAUUGCUACAUGAAGAAAACGUUUCCUACCGUUCUCAACGAGCUAUUCAAAUCGGUGGAUGCAAGAGAUCACUCUGGGUGCACUGUCAUUCACCAUGCGGCGGUUAUGAAGCGAGGACGGGUACAAAGCUCAACCUGUGCUCGGUAUUAUCUGGACAUCAUCCUGAACAAACUGGUAGAAGUUCGUCAGCCAGAGGAGGUACAGGCGCUGCUCGAUGCUCAGGAUGAAGAGGGCAAUACGGCGUUGCAUCUGGCGGCCAGAGUCAACGCCAGGAAAUGCAUCAGAUCGCUUCUCGGCCGUGGAGCAGCAACCGACAUCGAAAACAAUGAGGGCGUGAGAGCGGAGGAUUUGAUCAAAGAAAUCAACACCACCCGUUCUCUUGCCCGGACCGGGCCACAGCGCUCCUCGAGUCCGUUCGCCCCUGAGACAGCCCGGCGCAACGGCUUUCGGGAUGCCCUUGGAGAAGACCCAACGAGCAAGUUACAGUUGUCAUACCAGAGUGAGGCAGCCAACACGGUGCAAUCGCGCAUCACGCCGCUCGUGCUCCAGAAACUUCAAGAUUUGUCUCAAAGCUACGACAGCGAGUUCAACGAGACGGACGAAGCCGAAAAGGAAGCCAGACACAUCCUGGCCAACACCCAAGCUGAGCUCAACAACCUCCGAGCCAGCAUCGCCGAGCUCGAGUCCAGGAUCGAAGCCGACGACCAAGCCAGCAAGACGGAGGAAGAGGUGGCCGCCGCCAAGAAGCAAGUCCUUGCUCUCUUUCGCCGGCAGACGCAGCUCGCCAUUGAAAAGGCCACUGAACAGAACCUCGCCUCUGUUACCAAUGGCCAGCAGCAAGAGGAAGAAGACGACUCACCGGAAGAGCGGCUCAAGCUCGCGGCGCAACUCCAUGCCAUGUUGGUCGAGCAGGAAGCCGCCGAGGUGGAGUACGUCGAGGCGAGGGGCAUGCUUGGGACGGGCAAGAAGAUUGAUCAGUACAGGCACUUGCUCUGCAGCUGCUUGCCGCCCGAGGACCAGGACAUGUUGGACCAGAACCUGGAGGACAUGAUCUCCAUGAUGGAGGAUGAGGCGGAGAGCAACAGUGCCGCUUUAUUGCCGCCAGGGACGAACCCGGAUGGGGUCAUGGAGGGGAUGGGCAAGCUGGGUGGGAUGGCGCUGGCGAUGGCGGAGGCGGCUGAGCCAAUGGAGAUUACUGGGUGAGGCUACGAAGUUGGUUGCAUGUCGGAACAUAAGCUGUUGUCGUAUCAUGGCGGAUGCGGUUUCUUUUUCUUUUUCUCGGGCACUUGGCAUUCACUCUCUGCUUGAGGUGUCUGGCAUUUUCUUUUUCUUUGGGCUGUUUGGGGCGGGGCGUUGUCAGGAAAUGGAUGGAUGGGGUCACUGGGCAUGUUCAGAGUUUUCACUGUUCUUAUUUUUUUUUUUUUUGCUUAUUGUUUCUGCAGUAAUCUUGACGGGGGUAAAGUGGCGGAAUAUAUUCCGGCCG